AUGAAUUGUCUGCUGCUGGCCUUGCUGCUCCUGCCCUUCUGUUUGAGUGUGGCCCAGUCUUUCUGCCCAUCUCAGUGCACCUGUGUAUACCACGGACGCAGCGAUGGAACCGGCACCAGGUCGGUUCUGUGCAAUGACCCCGACAUGUCGGAUAUCCCAGUCAAUGUUCCUGUGGAUACAGUGAAGCUCCGUGUGGAGAAGACCGCAGUGCGUCGGAUCCCUACCGAAGCAUUUUACUACCUGUCAGAACUGCGAUACCUUUGGGUGACAUACAAUGCCAUCACCUCCGUGGAUCCUGGAAGCUUCUACAACCUGAAGAUUCUGCAUGAGCUUCGGCUGGACGGGAACCUGAUUUCCACUUUCCCUUGGGAGUCACUGAAGGAGAUGCCCAGCCUCCGAACCCUCGACCUGCACAACAACCGGCUGACUAGCAUUCCCCUGGAGGCCGCCCCAUACCUGACUAACAUCUCGUACCUGGACAUCUCCAGUAACAAACUCACCACCCUAUCAUCUGAUCUGAUGGACAUCUGGCCCCCAUUCUCAGGCAUGCCAAUCAGCACCAACACAUCACAGAAGAUCGUUCUAGGUCUCCAGGACAACCCAUGGUUCUGCGAUUGCCGGAUCUCCAAACUUAUUGAGCUGUCUAAGAUGAGGGACACACCAGUGGUCCUGAUGGAUCACUUCCUGACUUGCAGCGGGCCGGAGAACAUGUCUGGAGUUCUGUUUCAGCGGGCCGAGCUGGACCAGUGUGUAAAACCUUCCAUUAUGACAUCUGCCACUAAGAUCACUUCUCCUUUGGGCAGUAACGUGCUUUUACGCUGUGAUGCAACAGGCUUCCCAACUCCCACUCUCCUAUGGACCAACACAAAUGGCACACUUAUAAAUAACACAGUUGUUCAGGAGUCUCCAGGGGAGGGAGUCCGGUGGUCCAUAUUGAGUCUUCAUGGAAUCCUUGCCAAGGAUGCAGGUGAAUACUGCUGCAAGGCCAAGAACGUGGCAGGAAGUGCUGAGGCCUACAUCACCCUUUCUGUGGCCGGUGUUUCAACAACAACGCUGUCUCCGCAGAAUCCCAACAAAAAGUCUGACUUGGAGUCUGGGAUGACCACACCUCAAGGAACAGGUGUCCCAGCAUUUCCUGUGACCACUCCCUCUGUAGCAGCCACCAAAGCACCCCAAACCACUCUGCCAACUCAGCCCACAAAGGAGAACCUGGGACCGGGUGGAGGGGUGCAAAGAUCUCCUCCUGCUGGAGACAAACCAGCCAAGAUACAGGCCAAAGGCAGCAAGAGCCAAGUGUCAGAUGGCAAAGCCAAGAAGAAAGGUAGUGGCGGCUCGGACAUUAAGGAUGUUGUGGUGGUAGAGGAAACGGGUGACACGGCAGUGUUACUGUGGAAUGCUGAAGGGCUGCCGAGCGACACCCCUCUCUCGGUGGUGUACUUCCCAUUGGAUGAAGAGGAUGCAAAAGAGUCAGUCGAAGCAGAGGCUGGGCUUGGCAAGCUCCUACUAGAGUACCUUCAGCCAAGUAGGGGGUACACAGUCUGUGUUUUUGCCAAGGGAACUGCGUCCAGUAAGGAGCAGUGUGUGGACUUCAGUACUCUAGACACAGUGGCUGAUGAGGGACAGAACAAAUUUCUGAUGAUAGCUAGUGGUAUAGCAUGUGCUGUAGCUUUGCCACUCAUUGUCGUGCUUCUCUACAAGAUCCUGUGUUUGUACUGUAAGGGAAGCAGUAGCCGGAGUAGCGGUCCAGACGACGACCCCUCGAAGGAGACGUACGUCAAGUUUGAGACGCUCACGGUCAAGCAGCGAACGAUGGAUGGCCAUGCCAAUGAGCUUUGGGCUCGCAGACAGACACAGGAGUCUGAGAGGCUGCUCCUCUGUUCUCGCUCCAGCAUCGACUCACAGAUGACUUAUAAGAGUGACAGUUCACGGUCUGAGUACCUCUGCUAG